AUGGGGGUGAGCUUACUCAGGCUCCCUCCAUUCCACUGCUUUUUUAAUCCAGUGGAGUUGUGCUGGAGCUAUCUCAAGCAGCGUCUCAAUAAAAUUGGAAGACCGACGAAUAGACUGGAAACAGUAAAAGUGCACUGUGCAUUUGCACAGAGUGUUGGACUGAAUUGUGGUGUUGCAACAGUCCAGUGUCAUAUCCGCGUGGCAUUUCGCACGAGUGACGACUAUCCUCUACAUCUAUUCAUUGGUGUGUCAGCCACCGCAGUUGGACCGCAAAAGGACCGGGACUACACGUUGUUACACUUUCUACCGAAUGCACCGCAACAAAACACCGAUAACUACUAUUUCUGCGUUCAUUGUCUCAAGGAGAGAAGAAGACGAGGCGAAUAUCUGGGGGAAGAUUUAUCAAGAUGUGACGUUCCUUUCACAUCACUAAUGCCAGAAAGUGUUACCGAAAUGGCAACUGAAGAGCGAAUAGCGCAAUAUUGCAAGAAAAUGACCAGAUACGUUGAUAAUAAAGCUGUGUAG